GAGUGGGUUGUUUUUCCUUCGGAAAAAACUGAAAUGGGGAAACGACAACAACAGAUUUUUCUCAAAGGAUUCACUUAAAUUAUUAACUGACAUCUUUUAGUCAUCAGUUGUGUAAAAAGAUUCUUUAAAACCGCUUCGUGUUUUGUUGCUGUUAUCGUCAUAGCAGCCCACUUACUGCUUCUGUUUCGUUUUACCGCUGACGAAUUGUCAAAUACUGAGGAUUCCGCUUCGAGCAGGACUACAUUGCUGCGAAAACCCCCACACACAAACACAGACCUAUAUAUAUAUAUAUAUAUAUAUAUAUAUACAUACACGCACUUACAUACAUAUAUGUAAAAUAUGCGCGAUCACUCCGACGCACCAAACUGUCAAAAUGAAAUAUAGUCGUCAGUGGGGGUAGGAAAAUGCAUAAUUAAAAUGUACUAGUAGUGCUAAAGUGAAUUAUUUUGUAUCUGCGUGCUUAGUAGAUCUGUAUAUAUUAAAAGAGAGAGAGUGAUAGAAAGAGACAGAGAGAGAGACAGAGGAAAACAGAAACAGUGAGGCCUUCCGUGCGCAAAGAGCGAUAGUGGGCUUGGGCUUACACAAAUCUUUAAUCUAUCACUAAACACAGAUUUCUACGCGGAUCCUUCACCUUCAUUGAAAACGUCCAUGAAGGUUUGUGUUUUCUAUUUUGCUUGGAUAUAAUACAAAGCUUGCUUACGCCGGGAAUAUUUCGAAUUUCUACCAUACCUUGUACGAUAUAGCGAACGUUUUUUUUUUUGUUUGCUGCUGAUCAGAAUACGUGAAGGUAAUAAUAUAUAUUUAUAUAAAACAUAUGCCUACUGUUUAACGUAAGGAAAAAUAUAUUUCUUUUCUGUGAAUGUGAAAUUAAAAUAAAGAAAGAAAGAAAAGAACACAGAGAACCUGUUAGAACGAAUUUGUAAACGCUUGACUGGUAAAUACACACUUUUAUUUAAUAUAAAUGUUCUGAUGUCGAUGUUAAUUUAGAAGUUAAUUUCCUCAGACUUUCUCGUGUAUUUUUCGCUGAAGACUACUGAUCAAUGGUCUUAUCAGUUAUGACGGAUUUUCUUCAAUUGCCAUGUGUGCUUUUUCUUCACCAUACAGUCGCUUCUUACCCCGGAAUCUGUCUUAUUCGGAGGAAAUAUACCUAAACGGAAUACCCAUUAAGCGUCAACCCGAAGUUCCUAAAGCGCUCGACAAGUUUCCGUCUAAGCGUCGCAAUCUUCUCUUAAACAGCAUCAUCAUGGCAGACACGGCGGAUGAUAAAGAUCCGGAUGAGUACCGGGUAAAAGACUAUAUCCCUUCGUUUGACGAAGGAAUUUAUAUCAAUUUAAUGGACGAUCUUAGUUUGGAAUCCGAUAAACAUGAAGGACAGACUGACGACAGCGGAGAUUCAAACGGUAUUUUAAAACGCUUCACUAAUUAUGCCACUCACCUGCAGCCACUGUCAGCUGGUGCUGAAGGAAAUGCUACUGGGUCUAUGGCAAACGGAGACAAUGACAAGUCCACUGUUAAUAGCCCGCUUCACUCCUUACCGGCUGCAGGAAACAGUUUGGAAGAAACUGUUAGCGGGGAAGCCCCAAUGGCCGGAGUUUGUGCGGAAAGAGUAUGUGCGGAAAAUACGAAUUGCUCUUCAAGUCGAAACAUUGUUAGUAGUGUACAAGAAUAUUUUUCAAAUAGUCCAAGGAAUGAUACAAAACUACUCGACCUCCUCUCCCCACAGAGUCCAAUUUACGAUGACGAUGAAUUUAACUUCUCUAGAACCCAACUUAGAAAAUCGACCUCCUUGAAGACAACAAAAACCCCUCCGGGGACUCCCCGUAGGAAGAAAGUUGUACGUUUUGCCGACGUUAUGGGACUGGAUUUGGAAUCUGUAAUUCACGUCUUAAAUAUGGACUCUCCGCCGAAAAUUCCCGCUUCUGCACUCGCAGACUUACAGUCCGGUAUAGAAAGUGAUCGAAAAUCGAUGGGUGCACGGUAUCUCACAGCAUGCUUCGCUCAACCAUCCGCCAAUGAGGGAUUCAUGGGACGGGUGUGCGCAGAGAAAGUGUGCUUGGAAAAUGCCGUUAUAUCUGAUCUGACAAUUACAGGCAUUAUUCGAGUGGCUAACAUCGGUUUCCACAAAAUAGUUCAAGUGCGUUAUACAACGGAUGAUUGGAAAAUUCACCAUGAUAUCAUAGCUUCUUACGUUCAUAGUUCGUGUGACGGCCCUACGGACAGGUUUUCUUUCAGUAUUGUUACCCCAGCUGACUUCAGUGUGGGUUCUCGUCUGGAAUUAGCGAUAUCUUACACUUGUGGAGAUAUCGUGUACUGGGAUAGCAAUCAUGGGGAGAACUAUGUGUUUCAGUGCUUUGCUAAAGCAGGGGUGACCGAAACAGAAAAUGCGUGGACGCAUUUUCUUUAAGAGCAAAUAUCUGGAAAAUAAGAAUGUUAAGUAUUAAUUAUAUUAAAAAGUAACAUUGAAAAACAAACAAACAUGUAUUAGAAUUGCAAGAAGGUAGCAAAAUUGAUAAAAAAAUUUUCUUUAACAAAAGCAAAAAAAAAAAAAAAUCAAUUAAAAAAAACCUAUUUAAAACGGGAAGGACCUCAGAAACUUUAUCAAAGAGUGCUAAAACGAUGUGAUAGAAAGAAAAAAAAAAAAGCUUUCGACAGCGAAAUUUAAACACCUAAAACAAAAAAAAAAUAAUAAAUAAAA